GGAGGAGCACAUGUGUGUUCUGCUGCUUUUUCUUCAAUUCCCUGCGCUCUUAAACUCUGGAAAUACAUUAAAUGGGAUUUACAGUGUCACGGUCCAAUAUAAUAAGCAAGGAUGAUGCCGACCCCGACCUCACACCUACCAGUACCACGGCCCUCCUACACCCAGGCCAGGGAGAACCUGGUGAAGGCAAUCCCACCCAAACUCCUCUGUCUGCUGGCCUGUGGAGGAAUAGACUGUCGCUAUGAGGGACCAGAGUGCUGGAAAUUAAAUCAGCAGGUCAUUCGCGGCAUUUUCUCCUCCUGGGUGACUGAUGACAUUAUUGCCAUGGCACGCCCAUCAAAUCGUCUAAUUGAGAAGUACAACAUCAUAGAACAAUUUCGAAGGUUGAACGUCAGAUCAAUCAUCAACAUGCAGCUUCCAGGAGAGCAUGCUCACUGUGGACCGCCCUUAGACCCUGAAAGUGGUUUCACAUACUCUCCACAGAUCUUCAUGGAAAAUGACAUUUACUUUUACAACUUUGGGAUGCCAGACUUUGGUGUGUCCUCUCUCGUUGGUAUAAUUGAUGGAGUGAAGGUUUUGGCCUUUGCAGUGAGGGAAGGAAGAGUUGCUGUGCACUGCCAUGCAGGCCUGGGCAGAACAGGUGUCCUGAUAGCCUGUUACUUGGUCUACACCCUGCGCAUCAGCCCGAGUGAGGCUGUCCACUAUGUGCGGAUUAAACGGCCUCGCUCUAUCCAAACCCGGACACAGAUCAGCCAGGUGUUUGACUUUGCUCGCCUGCUUUGUACACAGCUGGUCCAAUACCCAGACCUCAGCCUGCGGCAUGGAGCCCCUUUCACCUUGCAGCACUACCUAAACCGACAGGCACUACUGCUGCAUGGCCAGGAGGCACGCACCCUCCGACACACACCCAAGGUGGUGUACCUCCUAUGUGUGCAUCUCUCCUGCUUAGCCCUGGAUCUCCCUGCUCCUCCAGAGGUCCAGGCUGAGCUGGAGAAGAGGUCAGCACUGAAGACCUUGGGUAGGACUGUAAGGGAGACCCUGGUGGCCAAACAGUACCUUCCCCUAUUGAGGGAGGGUCGUAAAGGCUCGUGGGAGGGCUCUGGGUCAGUAUCCUCUUGGGACGAGCCACUGGGAUUCUUGGAGAGGAAGAGAGAGGUGCUGCUGGACAAACGCAGCUACAGCGACUCUGACCUCAGCAAGAUCGCAGUAAAGGAUUUGGAGUUCAGUCCAUACGGCACCCCAGCACUUGGCAAUGAGAGACACUGGUGUAUGCAGGAUCUAAUACGACCUGAUCUGAGACCAGUUAGUCCGAUCCAUGCACCAUCACCAGGCCACCAUAUCACAGAAAAGGAAUCUCACAUACUCAACUUCCCAAUAUCUAGCAUGAGAACGAUCAAUAACUGUGCUAAGAGGUCUAAGUGCACAGCUAAAAAGGCACUUCCCAAAUACAGCUCCAACAAUGAGUUGUGCAGAAAUCCACAGAAUCCAGGUCCAACCACAGUUGCCCGUGCUGUUGCGAAGGCAAUGGCAGACCAAAGUCCUCCAGGAGAAACCAUUUUGCAAAGAUCGACUCUGCUGCAGGAGGAACUGAACAGUAGCGACUGUGGCUGGGCUCUGCUGGUCACAGAGUCAGAUCCUCAUGUUCUCAGUUGUCUGUUGUGGACCUGGCUGGACAAGUUAAGGGAGCCUGUUUUGAGUGCAGAGGAUGUGAACAAGUUGAUUAGUGGAGUAAACAGGAAGCCUCUCAGUGUGCUCAAGAAGCCACAGAGACACACCAUCUAUUGUCUACUGAGCUGUGUGAGCACGGUGACCAGCCUGUGUCCACACAGAGAAGAGGCAGUGCUGCAACGACUGAUGCGGACACUUACAAGGCGCCCCCAAGAGGAAAUGGGAAGCCUUGCAGCUUUGAUGAAGGUCCUGAAGGCGAGUUUGAGAGAAACCUUCCACAACUACAGAUACCUCACAAGGUCCUGCAGCACCAAUGCUACACUUUGAAGAGUCCAUAUCCAGUUUUUAUUUUAAAAGUUGGAGGUAUUUGAUCUUGGGCAUCUGCUUGUGAGCAGCUUUAAGAGGUGCAAAAGGUUCUUUUUCACAGAAGACAUUUUGACAUAUCACAGCAGGAAAAGUAAAUAAUACAAUAAGUGAUAGCUGAAUUCCAUUUAGCUGCUUCAGUUUCCGGGUCCUGGUGUCGUGCAUGUUGGCUCACUGUCACACUGCCAUGACUUACUGGGACACUUGAAUUAAACAGAGCCAUUGUUGAUGUUAUUAGUAACACCUUUGUUCUUCUGUCUAAAAUAUCUGCUGUGAAAAAGGUUGAUUAGGAUGGGUCGUCUUUUUGGAGCCCUGGGUAAGAUUUGGCCUCUGGAGUCCCCCUCCAGAUCUUACCACCCAAAUAUAGCUUCCCCUUUCCAAAAUAUCACAAGUACACAAUGGGUGUGGAUUCAACUGUCAAUAUGUUUUAGUAAAUCAAAUAAAUUGCCAACCUUGUAAUAAGACCUAUGAUUUCCCCCCUCCUGUCUCAGCAUAUGGCUGAGUCUCUCUAGUUCGCGCUGUACACUCAAAUGUUGCGUUCAUGUUGUUUUUACCCCUUUCACACAUUACCAUCACUCACAGAGGGCAAUAAAGCCCCUAAAUAAGAAGUAAAUAAUGACACUAAUACUAUGUUUACUGUAGGUUAAUUGUUGUUUCAUAUGUUCAAUUGUAUGUAAGCUACUGUAUUUUAGUUUAAGUAGAUUAGAUCCAAACAGUGCGUCCAGUGUGAUACUGUGGCCUGUUUCAACCUUUCAUACCUAAUAAAUAAUUUACAUCAUC